UUUUAUGUUGCCAGUUUGUAAACGUACAUGUUUUGAACCAGCCUUGGAUUGUUUUGAUAUUUCCGGCUUUAAAAUUGAAGUAUUGGUACCGGAAGUGGUGUUGUUGUCGUUAGCUCUAGUGGCUCACAGGCUGAAGAAGGAAGAGUUUGUCAGCUGACCAGAAACCAAGUUGCUGUUAAUUGUGGGGUUUUGAGGCAGUGCAUUACACCUCAAGAAAAGGCAGAAGCAACAACGCAGGAGUCCACAGCGACUGGGCUACAGUGACAUCUUCAGACUAUGGGCUCCAAGCAGAUGUGGUUGUCUUUUCCCCUCUGUGGACAAGCACUAAUAAAACUUUAAAAUUUCCUGCCUUGGUGCUCUUCACUUCUGCAACCUUUGCUUUGUGAGUAUCCAGGACACUGUCUGUGGAAAUGGACAGUACAGACCCUGUGCGGCCCAGUCUCAACUCGGCAUAUGUUCCUAAUGCACUUGGUAACCACGAUGUAUCUGAUGAGGAUGAUGAGGAGAGCGAGGACCAUAGCCCCUCUGCAUCACUUCUUCCCAAGAGUUCCCCACUGCCUUUGGCUGUUCGUUACAGUCCGGACGACUCGUACUAUUUGGUGUACAUCAUUUUUUUUCUGAUGGGCAUUGGCUCCCUGCUGCCCUGGAACUUCUUCAUAACAGCUAAACACUACUGGCUUUUUAAACUUAGCAACAACACUCAUCACAGCGGCAAUGAGGAGCAACGCUCAGACCUCAGUGAGUACUUUGAAAGUUAUCUGUCCUUGGCCUCCACGGUGCCCUCUGUGUUGUGUCUGAUCCUCAACUACCUUCUCGUUAACAGGUUGUCUGCAGUAGUGCGAAUCUUGUCAUCGCUGUUUGUGAUCCUGUUGGUGUUUGUGGUGACCACGGUGCUGGUGAAGGUGGACGUGUCAGAAUACAGGGUGGGGUUUUUCAUCGGCACACUGGUCAGUGUGGCGGUGGUCAGCGGAGCCUCCAACAUCUUCUAUGGAAGUGUUUUCGGGAUCAGUGGGCACUUUCCCAUGAGGAUCUCUCAGGCCCUCAUAUCAGGCCAGGCAAUGGGAGGUACUCUGAGCGCACUAGCCUCAAUAGCGGACCUAGCUAUUGCUAAAGAUGUGACCGACAGCGCUCUGGCCUAUUUCCUCACAGCAGAUGUUUUCAUUCUGAUUUGCAUCAUCACAUAUUUGCUGUUGCCCAAACUGGAAUAUUCAAGACACUACAUGGUGGCAGCAACAUCCAGUAGUCCCGCUGAGAUGAGCGAAGGUGGAGGUGCUGGAAGCACAAUUCCACCGCUGCAGCCCAUCCUUAAGAAGAUUUGGUUGCUUGGACUGAGUGUCUUAUACGUCUUUUCUAUCUCCAUCAUGGUGUUCCCUGCAGUGUCCUCAGGAAUACAGUCUGUUCACAAGGACAGCGGCAGCCCCUGGACGACCACUUACUUCGUGCCUCUUAGCUGUUUCCUCCUUUAUAAUGUAGCAGAUUUAUGUGGCAGGAUGGCCACAGCCUGGCUGCAGGUGCCUGGUCCCACCAGUAAAGUCCUGCCUGCACUGGUGCUGUGUCGCUCCGUUAUGGUACCACUCCUCAUGUUCUGUAAUUACCAGCCAAGAGACCACCUCCAUACAGUGGUCUUUGCACAUGAUGCGUAUCCGGUGCUCUUUAACUGCCUGCUAGGUCUCUCUAAUGGCUACUUAGGCACACUGCCAAUGAUCUAUGGCCCAAAGGUGGUACAUCGAGAGCUGGCAGAGGCCACAGGAGUGGUCAUGUCAUUCUUUCUCACUCUGGGACUGACUGUUGGAUCUGCAUUCUCUGUGCUUCUCGUGCACUAUAUCUGAUCACAAUAACCAGGUGAUGUUCCAGGGUAAAUCUGGUGCUCAUGAGAAUCAGGACUGUCAGCUGCACCAAGCGUCUCUUUUUCACUUGACCAACAUGCCUCAAUAUCUUUAUACCUCGCAUUAAUACGUUCACACUGAUGAAGCUGCACUUAGAAUCUCUGCUGGGUUUAAGAAACACCUGGUUUUAAAAAAAAAAAAAAAACCUUGUACCCUGUGCACAAAUUUUUAACAUGACAAUUUUGGAGUACACUGUUUUGCAAAGGAUUUUGUUAUUUAGAUAAAAAUAUAUAAAUGUAGAUGGUAAUGGAUACAGUUGAAAAACAUGGUUAAAGGAUAUUGAACAUGGGGUCCAAUUCUUUCUGCCUGCUGUAAACCUCAUUUUGAUCUGUCUUGAUAAAUUGUUUAAAAAAAAAGAUCUCAAUCUACAUGCUGCGGUCUGUUUUACUUCUGAAAGUACUGCUGUACUACAUUACUAUUGGCUGUAUUG